GGGGCUUGGGGCUGGGGCUCUUCCUCCUCCUCCUCCUCGCCGCGAAGCCGCUGCUGCGGCGGAAGAGCCGGCCGUGAGGGCAGGCGCUCCCGUCGCGGAGCGAGGGCAGGUGGCAGCCCCCAGAAGUGGAACGCAGUUUCCAGGCUAAACAACGAAAUACACGUAAGCCAUGGAGACCAACCAGGAAUCCUCACUCUUUCUAGUGAAGAUUUUGGAAGAGCUGGAUACUAAGCAGAAUACUGUUUCUUAUCAGGAUCUCUGCAAAUCACUGUGUGCGAGGUUUGAUCUGUCCCAGUUGGCCAAGCUCAGAAGCGUGCUGUUCUACACCGCUUGCCUGGAUCCUAAUUUCCCAGCGACUUUGUUCAAAGACAAAAUGAGAUGCACUGUAAACAAUCAGCAAUCAAAGAAAAUCAUGGUUGCAGCAGAUAUAGUAACAAUAUUCAACCUUAUACAAAUGAAUGGGGGAGUGGCUAAGGAAAAACUUCCAGUUGCAAGGCAGAAAGUAAAGAAGAAAGAAUCAUUUGAGUCCUGUAGAUCUGACACAGAGAUCUGCAAUAUGGCAGACUGUGUGCCGAACUGUGAGCUGAACGACCAGGAAUUUAACAGGGGCUUUUCAGCCAGAAGGUCUUCAAAAUGUAGAAAGAUGGACUGCAAAGACUGUCAACAAUUUGUACCCUCGUCGGAACCAAACUUUUUGCUUGGCGUUAAUAAGGAGAUGAAGGGCCGUGCUGCUUCCCUGGACAGGCUGCAGGCUCUAGCCUCCUACUCCAUUGCCACAUCUCCGCCAUGUGAGAUGCAGAGCACGUACUUCCCAAUGAACAUUGAAAAUGAGUCGAUUUCAGACCAGGACUCCUUGCCUAUAAGUGCAGGUAUAAAAGAGACCUUCAUUUCAAACGAUGAGCCGUUUAUGAUGCAGUCGUGUGUCCAGAAAAGAAAUAUAUUCAAAGAAGAUUUUCAUAAUCUGAUUACCAUAUCUCCCAACUUAAUACCAUCCAAUAAGAAGCCAGAAGAUGGACACAGAGAGCCUCAGAACAGGAAAGAAAGCUCUAAGCAGGCUUUCUUCAACCACAGCUUUGAAAUGCCAUACAGCAGCCAGUACUUGAAUCCAGUUUAUUCUCCUAUACCAGACAAAAGACGAGUGAAACAUGAAAGUUUAGAUGAUCUUCAAGCUUCAACAUAUUUUGGCCCAACGACUGUUCUUGGGCCCCAGGACACCAAAAAGUGGACUGGAAAGCCAAGCAAACAAACUGCCUGGCCAGCUAAAAGCUGGAGUUUAAAUACUGAGGAGGUACCUGACUUUGAACGAUCAUUUUUUAAUAGGAAACAGUCUGAAGAGAAGCCGCGAUACCAGAGUUCAAACAGCCCAUCUCCAAACUUUCCUCCAGCUGACAGGCAUCAGUCCUAUCUAAACGCUAAGGAUCAGCAACCAAUUAUGCAGGCAAACUACGCCGUGAAACAAAAUGGACAUAAACCCAAGGAGAUUCCUUCCAUUCUGGAUGUGGAGAAACAUGAGCCAGUCAAAAAGUUUAAGGAUAAAAGCAUUAAUUGUACUUCUGUUCAGAUCUUAAGCAUUGACAGAACCACUAGUGUUGGAACACAAACAGAGCAGCAAGUUCUGGACCACAAAAAAUGCAAAGAUUUGUGUGCACCGAGCCAAGCCAAGUAUGGAGAGCGGCACUCUCUAAAGCAGUCGGAUGAUGACUCUGAAAUUGUGAGUGAUGAUAUCAGUGACAUUUUCCGGUUUUUGGAUGACAUGAGUAUCUGUGGAUCCACAGGAGUGAUGCAGUCUUCAUGCUACAACAGCACUGGUUCUUUGUCUCAGGUACAUAAAUCUGACUGUGAGAGCUCACCUGAGCAUAAUUUGACUAAAAUCUCCAACGGGAAUGUCAGUAACAAAUUAGAUAAAGUGGUCCGGGCAGAUAUCAGUAAUACAGAUGAUGAACUGAAAACGAGUGUCUGCAAAUUAGUUUUGAGGAUUGGCGAAAUAGAAAAGAAACUGGAAUCUCUCUCGGGCGUCCGAGAAGAAAUCUCCCAAGUCCUGGGAAAAUUAAGCAAGUUGGAUCAAAAAAUUCAGCAGCCAGAGAAGGUCAGCGUACAAAUAGAUCUUAAUUCUUUGACAAGUGAGGCUGCAUCAGAUGAGAGUAACUCUCCACAGAUAUUUCAGUGUCACAACACUCCUCAUGGAGGCAAACUGGAGAAUAACCCAGAAUGGUGCUGUUCAGAUGCCAGUGGAAGUAAUAGCGAGAGUCUUCGAGUAAAAGCUUUAAAAAAAAGUUUAUUUACUAGGAGGUCAUCAAGAUCAUUAACAGAGGAAAAUAGUGCAACAGAAUCCAAAAUAGCAAGUAUUUCAAACUCUCCCCGAGACUGGAGAGCUAUUACUUAUACCAAUCAAGUUGGCAUUACAGAAGAGGAGAUGAAAGAGAGAGAUGGAGGAGAAAAUAAGGACUGGCACAGGAAAUCUAAAGAGGCAGACAGGCAAUACGAAAUCCCACAGCCACAUAGACUCCCUAAACAGCCAAAAGAUGCUUUCUUGAUUGAACAAGUCUUUAGUCCUCAUCCUUACCCUGCAUCACUCAAGUCACACAUGAAAAGCAACCCGCUCUACACAGACAUGAGGUUGACAGAGCUGGCUGAAGUGAAACGUGCCCAGCCGUCGUGGACCAUAGAGGAAUACACAAGGAACUCGGGGGAUAAAGGCAAAAUUGCAGCAUUGGAUCUACAAACUCAAGAAUCUUUAAACCCAAACAACUUAGAAUACUGGAUGGAAGACAUUUAUACUCCUGGCUACGAUUCCUUGUUAAAACGCAAAGAAGCCGAGUUCAGAAGAGCAAAGGUCUGCAAGAUAGCUGCCCUGAUAGCAGCGGCAGCUUGUACGGUUAUUCUGGUCAUCGUCGUUCCCAUUUGUACUAUGAAAUCCUGACUCCGCAGACAGAGCUGUGACUCCCACCUGUGUGUAUUUCAGAUAGCUCGUGCUGUGUUUCAAACGUCUGAUGGCAAAACUGUAACGGAUUUGCUCUGGAAGAAUGUCCUGAGGAUAUCCUGAUGGAGAAUGUCAUAAUCGUAGGAAAAAACAACAAGAAAAACACUUUUUGAAAAGUAUUAUUUUAAAUAACAAACCAUGUGGCAGAGUUAUGGGAACGUGGUUCAAUUUUUAUGCAUUUUUAAAAGUGCAAUAUUUUUUUCUCCUAAAGAAACUAUAUAACGUUUUACAGAAUCCGAAACUGAUGGGAUUCCAGGCAAAAGAGGAAGGUUGUCUGAGCUAUGUUGCAUUUGACGGAGGUGUGAGUACAUGGAGAUAGCACUGUAUAGAAGGGAAUGUUCUAUAUGCAUUACAUCAGGGAGCUAAGAAAGUCUGAAAGCUCUCUACAGUUUAGAAAACUCUGAAUGUAUUGUAUUUGUUUUAUAGUAUUUAUGUAUUUCAUUCUCAUUUGCCUGAAAGCAGACUGUGUAGCCAUGAACAGAGUUCAUUCCUAUGUUCAGAUUAAAAAGGGCUCUUUAUAUUUGGUCUUGCCCUAAGACCCACUUUAUCAUCACUGAGUACUUAUCUAAGUGCAAUGUGCUGCAGACCAAAAAGAUUAUGUUUUAAAGCAAUCAAAAGAGGUUUCAGUUGCUUCUGUUGAAUAGCAUUUGCAUAGAGCUGGCAAACACGCUUUGCCAAAAGGGUAUUCUUUACCUCCGCAGACAGCGAAAUUGUCUCAGUUUCGCUCCUGUCAGCAAGCAGAGCUGGCAAAUCCGAGCAACGCUCUGUUACAGUUCUUGUAAAUGUAAUCUGAGCAGUUAUAAUUUUGUCACAAAGUCUUUGUGCCUUUUUUUAGACUGUAGAUUAAAUAGAACUGUUUAAUUUUGCCAUUUUAAACCCAUAGCAUAAAUCACAGCAUAAUGGGUACUAAUGGAGGUUCUUUUCCCGCAAGCCUUCUAUACAGUUCAGAGUGCUUCUCAAAUAGCAGGGGCUGGUGGUUACUGGGCACUUAUAUUAAGGGCACAGUUUUUCAGCUCUAGUGGAAACUUGCUAUUAAUGCAAUGCAUUCUGCAGAGGAAUCCUUUUGCUUCCCUAUUGUUAAUGUACUUAAGAAUGAUGGUUGCCUCUACUGGACAGCAAGCAGUCUGUAUUCCCUGAGAAACAUCCACUUCAUGCUUUAUCCCAAAUGCAAAUAGCAGGUUAAAAGGAAUUCUCAAGUUAUGACAGAAAUUGCCUCCCAUGCUUGCUGCAAGCAAAUAUCCAGACAGUAUUUCUCUUAUGCCACUCAGAGAUUUAAAAAAGAAAAGGUAAAAAAAAAAAAAAUCUUUUCAGGAAAUAAUGUGAUCUUGCUGGUCCUCUAAGGAGACAGAGACUCUCUUAGUGAAUGCUCUUUACCUAGGAUAAUUUGAUUUCUUCAGAAAUAACCCCGCUAUGUGAUCGCACAGCAGCUAUGAAAGCCUCUUAUUUCCAUUCUCUGAUUCUCCAGCUGCUGGGGCUUUCUGGGAUGUGCCACACUUGCUAUUUGUUUCUGGCUGGUUUAAAAAAGAAAAGAAAAAGAAGUGAGAAAGGGCGUGUGGGAGGCAAAGGCUUUGUUGUGACUUUAGAUUUGUGUCAGUUCGUUCUUGCAGCCGGAGCGCUGUCUAUGUGCUGCUCACGCGCUAUGUUUUAUUUAGGAGUGGGUCAUCCCUGACACCAUUGAUCUAUCAGGAAAACAACUGUAAGCACAGGGUUGGGCGUCACGUUAGCAAAUACACGACAGGGAUAAGCCCCCAGUCCCGAGCCUGCACUUGCCUGGCCUGAAUCCUGACCCAAAUUCUGUGGCUUGGGCCCCUUCCUAGUACCAAGGUUUCUCUUUCCUUCCAGAUGCUGCAGGAUGGAGUCACAGCGGGGGGGAGUCAUUCACACUGUCUAUUUUGGGCUGCUUUCAGGCCUUCAAUUAUAGAAUGAUUCAGAGCAUCUGAGUUUAGGAGCUCAGGUUCUGUAUGGAGUAAAUACAGACAGGUAGAGAGAGCUCCAGAGACGUUUCAGAGCAGCCCAUAAGGUGUCUAAUAUUAGACAUGUGAACACACUCCAGAGAGGUAUUGCUCUGCAGUUUACCUUACGUGCAAUUUAGGUUGAUGGUAUAGAUUUAAAAAAAAAAAAAUCUCUUCCUGGUUCCAGGUAACAUCAGAAAGCCCUUUCUCAUCUCCCCUUGGCUGGGCGAUAGCAAGCCCUAGAUGCUGUCAGAAAGAGCAGUGUUGAUGAUUGCACCAUGCCCAUCCUCCACGCACUGCGGUGGUGUAUCCAUCGUGGGUCGGGAUGGGGUUCUGCAUGGCCCCCCCUGGACCCGCCUGGGCCAGCAAGAGAGCCCCAAACCCAAAGGUGCCUGCUGAAAUCAGCAGCGCUUCUCCCAUUGCAGCUUAGUCAUUUGCUUCUAGAAUAUAUCUGAAUAUCUAAUUGGACAGAAGAGGAAGAUGCAGGAAACGUUACUGAUUGCAGGGCAGACUGAGGCUGUUCUUGCACUGAUGCGGUCGAGGAGAUUACAGGACCCCCUUUUCCGUCUAGGCAGGGAUUGCCAGGAGCUCCGCAACGUGCUUAGUGCCGGCACUGGGUGAAUCUCAGCCUUAGGGAUGCCCGUAGUCCCGAGAGGGAUUUGGGAGGCUCUGGAGCCGCGGGUGACAGGCCGGCCCAGCGCAAGCACUCAGCGUCCCCACUUCAAGGGGGUGCUUACGCCCACCCUGGCCGCGCACGCAUGCUUGGCGACGCCUGCCCCCGUUGGGGCCACGGGUCUCCCGCGCGGUCCGGCCCGGAGACCCUUCUCGAUGGGGGCAGCGUAGCAGCAGCAAUAGUUCCCAGCAGGCUCCGGAUCCGGCCGGGAGCUCGUCUCUUAAACUAGCGAAGGUAACGCGGUGGCGGGGUCUUGCUGCCGGUGAUUCGGGGAGGGCAGCGGCGUGUGGCAGGAGAGGCCCCACGAAGAGUAGAGACACUAGGUGAAAUUCUGACACUAUUAACCUGCAAGAAUAUCGUGCUCAACCUUGUGAACCAGUUAUCAGCUAGUAUAUACUGUAUACUAUAUGAUAGACUUUUGUAUAAAAAAAUUAACAAAUUAAAGCUAUAGGUACAUUGUAAUCCUUGGUGUGAUUGAAAAAGUGUCCUAGACUGUAUUACUUAAUUAAAAUAAUGCUGAGCAUAUUGAACGGUUUUUUGUAUUUAUGCCUUAUAAACUUGAUAUAUUACACAUGAUAAAAUUAAACUGCAAGAAUUAUUUAAAAAAAAGAAAAAGAUAUUGCAUUUGGGGGCAAAUCCCAUUUGCUCUUCCUAAAACAAAAGAGUGCUGCUGAAAUCAGCGCAAUAAAUCAUGAGCAUAGAAGAGCAGGAUCUGUCCUCAAAUGACUUUUUAGGAUUUUUUUUAAUGGGGCUUUGGUUAAUGUACUAUGUAAUAAUUUUAUUUUAUAAAGUUACUGUACAAUGUUGCCUUUUGGUUCAUUUAAAUAUAAUACCAAAUAAACUUGAAAAUUACAGCA